GGAUGCUACAGAUGACACAAAGCCAUGGCAGCGGUAGUUCUACUUUUUCUCAUCUCCUUGCUGGACUCUGUUGAAGGUGUUGAAAAUCGGUUUGUGAAGUCUGGAUCGAACCUUCUACUGGAAGCAAAGACAACUGACUUAGGAGAAAAUGAAGAGUUUAUUUGGAAGUUUAACAACACUAUCAAUCUUGUAAAAUUCAGACAUGGCGUGGAUCCUUUCAUCAAAUAUGUACAAAGAACAGUUUUUUCUACACAAAAUUACUCUUUGCUAUUGAGAAAUAUGCAACACAGUGACACUGGAAACUAUAAGGAAAUAAUAAGUGGAUUAGAAGACAAAAUUGUAGCUGAAUACACAGUCAUUGUCCAAGAUCCAGUGUCUCCAGUGAAUUUAAUAGUGACCCCCAGUGACCCCAGCUACUGUAACUUCACUGCAACAUGUAGAAUAAAGGAUUCUCAAAUUAGUGGAUCUUUUCAAUGUGAAAAUAAAACCUGCCGUUUAGUGGACCAAACACACCUGAAGGUCUCAUCUCUGAAUGUGUAUGUAAAGGAAAGCUCCAUCAUCUGUAACCAUAGCAACCAAGUGAGCUGGGAAAAGGAUGUAAAGAAUGUUUCAUCUUUCUGUGAAAAUCUACCAGUUUACAAUAGAACCAUUGUAAUCAACGUUGUAAGAAUAACCUUGGCUGCAAUUCUGGUUGUAAUUUGCACUUUAACUGCUGUUGUAAGAAAAUGUAAAAGAAAAAGGAAACCAGAGCAAACGUCACAUGAGUUUCAAGAGUGAUGUCACACCAGGUCAGUCGGCCAAUGAGAGCCCUGUAGCAGAUUCUUCAGACAGAUCUGCAACAUUCAGACUCGGUGUGGUUUCUAACGAUGGAGAGACUGGAAACACCCUCUAACAAAUGGAAGAAUCCCAUUCACUGUCUCAAAAACACAAAUAUGAUGCCUUUUCAAUACUGUAAUAUGCUUUGACAAUAGUUGAAUUUGAAAUAUAACAUAAUUGCAGGUUGACAUGAACUGUAUGUUGGACUUUUGGAAGCUACACUGAACAUUUAUGAGUAUAAUUACAUUGAUAAAACUUAAGCAUUUCUAAGUAUAAAUGUAUAAGUACAUUUAUACAUUUGUAUUUAAACACAUAUAUCUUUACAAUAGAUGAUUAUAGCAUUGUUGUUCUUUUCAAUUUAUAUACUUUUGCAUGUUAAUCCAUUUUGGCCUUUAGAGCUGCCAUGAUGGAAGUUUGUUUUUGUUUGGAAAGUGUUAUGUUGUCCAAUGUAAGAUUCUUAUGAAAGUGCAAUUUUUAUGUAAAAAUAAACUUUGCAGCAAAUAUUUCAUAACAGA